GACUCGGACAUUUUGUAUUGACCCAAUUUCUGCUAAAAACAGAAGCACCACAAUUGGUGAAUCUUUGGUAAGAUAGAAGUUGAUGUUUAGAAGCCUUUGGCAUAAAAUGUGUUUUGUUUUUUGUAUUUUUGAGAAGUUUUGCCUUUCACAAUCGUGUGGACCUCACCUCAGUAAUUACUGCUUACGUUGAUAUUGCUCACUCUAAUUUUCAUAGGAAGGAGUCCGUAUGUUGAGUGUGGUUUUGUUUAUAUACACAAUUCUCAUUCGAAUGUUUGUAGAUCUUAAUGAAAAUAUUUUAUCAUUGUUCUACACUGCCUGGCCAAAAAAGUAAAUGAUGGAGGUUUGCUGCAGUUGAUCAGGUCCAGGCUCAGCAACAGAGUGCUAAAAGAGUGAAUCGGCAUAUAGUCAAGGUUAUUCCUCUAAUGGGUUUUUUUUUUCCCUGAUACCACGGGCAUAAUGCUGGUAUUCAUUGGGCUGCAAUUGUCCAGACCUUAACCCCAUUGAGAAUCUUUGGGAUGUGCUGGAGAAGGCUUUGUGCAGUGGUCAGACUCUACCAUCAUCGAUGCUGCAAGAUCUUGGUGGAAAAUAAAUGCAACACUGGAUUGAAAUAAAUAUUGUAACACUGCAGAAGCUUAUCAAAACAAUGCCACAGCGAAUGCAUGCUGCUAUUAUAGCUAAAGGCAGUCCAAUAAAAAAAGAAUGAUCUCUAUAAAAUGUUUUUAAAAUAAACCUAUUGGUUAUUUUAAUUUAAUGCUGUAAUGUGACUGUCUUGAUGCAAUGUUGUUGAGAGGUCAUUAAAGCUAGUCCUUAGUCACGUCAGGACAAACUAUUGCCGGAUGGCCGCGUGUCAAACCUCACGACCUAUAUCUUAUUACCUUUAACAGGCUUAUUCUGUAAUCCUUAAUUAUUCGACAGGUCACACAAACUGAUCUAAGACCAGUCUCUGGUUCUACAUCUUGUACUAGACACAUUAAGAGGAGACUUCAUAGUCUGACACUUGAUCAGUUCUAGUAAAGAGUUUCUACCAACACCCAACUUCGUCAUUAGUCUAUUUUAAUGCCAGGGUCACCAUGACUAAUCUGACUGAAGAAUCAGCUUCCUGUGCAGCAGAGAUGCCUGUGGUCGGUUUGAUACUAGUUGCAGGAGUGUAAGACAUUAAUGUAAUACAGUGAUAGACAAGCAACAUGAUUACUUUGGAAAUUUUAGAACCAGGGGCUGCUGGGAUUUGGAUACCCAGAUAAACUAGGAAACUUAUGAGGAUCUAAAAUUCUGGACCAUGUGUGACUUGCGGCGGUCUCAAAGCUGGGAUGGGAGUGAAGUUCCGAUUAAAAUUAAUGCAGAUCCAACCGUAUCCAGAUGGCGAAAAAGAACUGUUACACCAACUAUGUAUGAUAACCCACAGCCAGGGGACCUUAUAGAGAUUUUUCGAGGAACCUACCAACACUGGGGUUUAUAUGUUGGUGAGGGUGACAUUAUUCACCUUGCCCCUCCUUGCGAGACAGCAGGAGCCGGGCCUAACUGCCUGAUGUCCGUUCUGUGUGACAAGGCCUUAGUGAUGCGUGAGAGGCUGGGUCAGGUAGUGGGUCAAGAUCGAUUCCAUGUCAACAACCUUCUAGACUCGAAGCACACGCCAAGAAGUGUGUGUGUCAUCUUACGUGAUGCACUCAGUCUGGCUGGCCUGGAAAUGCCCUAUUGUGUUCUGAGAGGAAACUGUGAACACUUUGUGACAGAGCUGAGAUACGGGAGAGCAGAGUCACGACAGAUUCAUUCUGCGGUGAAGAUUGGUGUGCGUUCCAUGGCCAUCGUAAUAAAAGCCUUCAAUAAUGCAUCAAGCCCCAGAAAAAAAAAGAAAGAAAAGGUCUUGAAAAUCAGCCCAUCAUGGUGAAAGCAGGACAUGUGUGCCUUUCCUUUUAAAUAAACUUGAAGACACUCUUAAUUUCAACAAGCCAGACAUUUCAAUUGGACCUGCUGUGAAUCUAAUGACGAACCAAAGACUGUACACACAACUACUGGCGCAGAAUAUUUCAAAAUGUCUUUAUUGAUUUACUUUCUUUAGACCUAUAAUAAGAUGCAGUCCUGGAUUGUUAUGAACUGUUUCAUCCUCUAAAUCAUGCAUGUCCAGCAUGUGCAGCUGUGCAGCCUUCAUCACAACACAAUUGCAACUCAACCUCUGUUUUAUAUCUGUUUUAUAAAGACCGAGAACAACUAAUAAACGCUGUUCUCUUUCUUAUGUGAAACGAAUUAUUUAUUUUUUUCAGCUUGUACUGUGUUGGUAUCAGGUCUACUGUAUUUAUUGUACUGUUCUAGUUCUAUGUUGCAGAAAUUGUUGCACGAUUGCACUUUAUGUUUGCAUGUCUGUAUUGUACUGAUUGUUCCAUAUUGUACUGUAUUGCUUCCAGAGGAACGUAAUUUUGUUGCACUCUGUUCAGGUAGAACGAAAAUAAA